ACAGUUACAGCAAUUGAAAAGAACACACAGGAAAAUAGAGAGAAACACAACCAGGAAGUACUUGACAUCUUGGAACCAGGUGACUUGUUGGAGUUUGAGCGAGGAGUGUACAGUCACUGGGCUGUGUAUAUCGGUAACUCGGAAGUUGUGCACUUGUCUAGAGUCGAUGGUGCAGAAAGAAGUGGAGUACAUGAUGAUAAAUUACAUGUAAUUGUUCGCAAAGAUGACUUUUGGAAUGUUGUUGGAGAGAGCAAGAUGCACAGCAUAAAUGUAAUAGGCAGGGAAUCAAAUCCACUGAAAUCAUAUGCGACAGUUACAGCAAUUGAAAAGAACACACAGGAAAAUAGAGAGAAACACAACCAGGAAGUACUUGACAUCUUGGAACCAGGUGACUUGUUGGAGUUUGAGCGAGGAGUGUACAGUCACUGGGCUGUGUAUAUCGGUAACGGCGAUGUCGUGCACUUGUCUGGAGUGGAUGGUGCAGGUGGAAGUGACCUGAAGCACCCAUGUACGAUUUCUGGAGUAAAGUCUGAUAAAGGAAUCGUUUGCAAAGAGGAUUUGUGGAAAGUCGCUGGAGACAGCAAAGCAUACAAGAACAACCCAAAGGAAGAGAAAUUAAAAUCCUUGGAACCAUCUAAGAUAGUAGAAAGAGCAUUAUCCAAAGUUGGAGAAGUUGGAUAUAACCUGCUCUAUGAGAACUGUGAACACUUUGCUAUGUGGUGCCGGUAUGGCAUAAAAAAAAGUUAUCAGGCUGGUCUGUUUGCUGCAGUGGCUUCGGUUGUUGUGGGUUUCGUUGUGCUAGUGGUAAGCCUAGCAAUCGCUGCCUUGUUUCUAAGAGGGUGAAAGGAGGAAAGAGAAAGACGAAACAUACCUAUUUGGAGACACAAUUCACUAACUGUAUAGUUGAAGAGUAAAUAUGUCCUCCCUUGAACUACAUAGGCAUAACCGGACAGUACUUGACAACUUGGAACCAGGUGAUAGGUUGCAGUUUGAGCGAGGACUGUUCAGUCACUGGGCUGUGUACGUUGGUAACGAGAAAGUCGUGCACUUGGCUGGGGUGGAUGAUCAAGGGGAAACUAAUCUGAUUCACGCAUUCGCAAUAAGUGGAGCAGUGUUCGACAAAGGAGUCGUUCGCAUAGAUAAUUUUUGGUCAGUUGCUGGAGACAGCAAAGUGUACAAGAACAACUCAAAGGACACAAAA